AAAAAAUUGUGGUAUUAUAAAUGACAAAAGCUGAGCAGUCAGACAAAUAUUCACACACCGACCCGCUGGCAAACGCGUUAAGGCUCGGGAUCCGGUCUAGGGUUCAUCAAUUUCAAAAUUUAUUACAGCUCUUCUAAAAUAAGUGAACGAAAUUAUUUUCGCUUCUUUUAAUUGAUUUUCUUUACGUAAUACUGAGGCUUUGUGUUAGGUGGGGUUUGUCAGAAGGAUUCUUUAGGAAUUGAUUAAGGAUUUUAUCGAAGGAUUGCUGGAAAAGCGAGGAUUUACUUGAAUAUAUUUGAGAAAUUUUGGGGGAAAAGUAAAACAAAUGCCGGAAGAAGACUUGGCGGAGAUCAAAUUUAGAUUGUAUGAUGGAUCAGAUAUUGGCCCCUUUCGGUAUUUGCCGGCCGCCACCAUCGCCAUGCUGAAGGAGAGAGUUGUCACCGAGUGGCCCAAAGAUAAGAAAAUUGCACCAAAGUCUGCAAAUGAUGUGAAAUUGAUUAGUGCUGGUAAAAUUUUGGAAAAUAGUAAGACUGUUGGCCAAUGCAAUAUGCCUUUUGGGGAGCUACCUAAAGGUGUUAUCACUAUGCAUGCUGUUGUACAACUGUCCUUGGCUAAAGCAAAAACAGUCUCCAUUAUCCACAGUCUUGUUUUCCUUGAAUGGGCAUUCAUAUGCAGAACGUUUCUGAGUGUGGCAUGCUUGGGGAAAUCCUUUUUUCCUCGUUCGUAAUUGCUUUGGCUAAAUUGUGGAGCUUGUAUCUAAGAAAAGAAGGUUGACAAGCUGCCAAAGAAAAGCAUUUGUUCAUGUUCCAUAUUGUGAGUAUGCAAGUUUGAUUCAUCUUUUUAUCUUGUGGGUAAGGGAAUAUUUCAAUAUCUGUACAACGGCAUUCGGUGUAAUGGUGGCUUGUUAUUAUGUAUAUGCAUUUUAUGAAUUUGUUGCUUCGUGUACGAUUAUAGCUACAUCAUUUCUAUACAAGAAUACGGGGUCAAUGGACUCGAUUCCCUCAAAAAGGAUGGGUUAUGUAUACAGUAGCAUGGAUUUAUGGUCGUGUCAAUGUUGACAGGCAUGCUAUAUUCUUUUAGUCGUAUUUUAACCUAAUCCUGUUUGUGUUGUUAUUUUGGGUCUUUGGGAUGUUCAGAUUUCUACUUUUUUAUAACAUUGAAGAGAUUUGUUGCA